UUGAAGAAAAGUGUCCGUGAUUAUUGGAUGUUAAUGCUGCUGGCUCUGCUGCGGUUCGUGGAACGUUUCGCCAAUGUCAAUGGAUGCCUACUAGGUCUUGGGUCAACGUGACUCGGCAUUAAUGGCACCAGAGCCCAGAGAACAACUGAUCAACAAAACCAACCAUUAACAACAAUCAACGAAAAGAAAGUUUAAAGCAAAUACAAACAACAAUCUAAACUACUUAGUUGCAAAUCCCACACAACAACAAAAAAAACAUUAAGAAAGAAAAAACUAUAAGCUCAGUGGAGCGUGGAGAGUGAAUAUAAAAGCAAAGCAAAUAGUGCGCGUGAAAAGUUUUUAGAGCACUCGUAUUUUUUUAUUAAGUUUCUUUGAAAUCGUCCGAAAAUGCCGCUCUACUCGGACUCGGGAAACUAUUAUUAUAGUGGCGGCAGCAGCCAGCUGUACUCGCCAUACUACAGCAGCUCCGCUCUGGGCAUGGGGGUGUCCAGCAGCAGCCCGGGCAGCUACGUGCCCUCCUCCACCUACACCUCGAGCUAUAAUCGCGCGUAUGGCGGCACAUACAUGGUGCCCCUAACGCCGCCCCGCUCGCCCACCUACACGUCCAGCACGACAGUCCAUGGCCUGGGCUCGCGCUAUCAACCGAAGCUCACGACCAUAACAGAGACCACACCGUUUGUGAACCGACAUAGCAACCAUAGCAGUCUCAUGCCACUCACACGCAUCCAGUCGCCCAAGUACACCUCAACGUCUACAUCCAGCUAUGUUCCGACCAGCUCCAGUGCCAGUAGCACCGCCCGUUACAUCCCACCCCGACCCAUUGCCAUCAAUACGGCGGACAUCGACGUGAGUUCGGCGCGUUAUCGAAAGCGUUCGGCAGAGCCGGCGACGGCCAGCAAACCAGAACCGGCACCGCAGCCGGAGGCCAAGCAGGCAACACUCGAGAAAGAGGUUGUAGAGCCGCAGCAGCAGCAGCAGGAAAGUGGGGGCGAUCGUCCAUCAACUACCGCUCCAGCGCGUGCGCAACGCUCCACCAUCAGACGCAAUCGCGCCGUCGUCCGUCUCUCCACAAUACGCACGCGCAGCAAGGAGCGCGCUGGCAAGGAUCAGCGGCCGGAAGCGAAAACCGUCGACCAGCAAAACUUUGAGGAUCACCAUCAGUUUCGUGAUUUGCCGCCGGCCGCAGAGCCGAGCCUGAGCUGGCGCCAGAAAUUGGCCGAAGAUCUGGCCGCCUUCCCCGCCACCAGCAACAAGAAAUCGCCCGGUGAGCUCUUGCGCGAACGUUUCUUUAUACACGACGAUAAGGAGAACACAGAUCCGCCGCCAAGACGCACAACGGCGGUUACAACAGCCACCACAGCCUUAGGCAUAACCACUACACCAGCAGUGCAGCCCAUCAGCAAGGAGCAGCCAAGCAGCAACGAAUCCGAGCAGGAUGAGGAAACAGAACAGGAGCAGGACGAUGAGCACUCCCUCAGCGAGCAGGAGGUGAAGGACACCAUUCGCCGCCUGAGCCUUGUACAGUGUCCCACAUUUCAUGAUAUAUGCGAGGACAUCUCGUCGGACAAGAUCGAUGAUGAUCUGAAUGCGGGUGAACUGCGUCGUCGAGCGUCCAUUAUCCAGGAACAGGAGCAGGAGAUACUCAAUAAGCUGCAGAAAUCGAAUUCAGGAAGUUUCCAGCUCAUACAUUUGGAGCGUCGGAGCAGCCACGACAGCACCACCGCCGAUGAGGCCACAACUGCUGGUCACAGACGCAGCUCCAAGAAGAAGAAAAGCAAGAAGCUGCGUCACAAAAUCACGGCUAUUGUGGACAUCGACAAUGCGCCGAGCAACGCGAGCAUAGUUCAACAUAUGCCCAGCGUCCUGGAGCUGAACGAGGAGGCCAAUACGUCCGCUCCUUUAACCCCCACACUGGCGGCGGCUACUCCAAAGACAAGUCCCAAGCCGAAGUUUACGGUGAAUGUGGAAACGGUGGAGGAGCAUCAUGAGAUACACAAGGUGUUCAAAUUACCCAAAAAAAAGAUCACUCAGCCGCCGUCACCAGCAACCGUGAAAAAGCCGAAGGAUGUGGCACUACCCGAGGGCUUCAUGAAGGCGGCACCAAAAGCCAAAACAUCGCCACUGAAGAAGGCACCGAAGGCAGCUACGGAGCAGCUGCCAUCACCCUCAACAUAUGUGAGCUCUGCCCAGAUUUUCACCUUCGAUGAGGCCAGCAUUGAGAAAAAUAAAGCCGAAGUGGCCACCAAGCCGCCAGAGCUGCCAGCAGAGACGCCUACAGGCGUGGCCACACCCAAGCCUAUACGCAAAGCGUUACAAAAAUCGGAAAGUGGUGAGGACUUCUGGUCUCAAAUCGGAUCACGGGAAACGCUCUACAUGAACAAUCGCAAGAAGGCGCUCAGCGAACAGAUGACGACCCUGGACGAAGCACCAAGGGAAGCGGCACAGGAGAAUCCAACGGAGCUGAAAGUUCAGACACCGCGGCUGAAAAGCGAACUUCUUGUGGAGCUAAAGCCAGCUGUGAAGGCAGUGGAGCCGCCAAAGAAAAUGGAAGCGGAGCCCGUAAAAGCCACAACAGCAGCAGCAGCAGCGGCAGCGGCAUCUCAAAUCGAGGCAGCUCCAAAAAUAUCCACAGAGAUGACAGCCACUGCUGCAGAAACAAAGAAAGCCAAGCCAAUAACAACAACAACUGCUGCGACAACUGCAACAGAAUCCGCAGCAAUCAAAACAACAACGGCAGCCAAAAAGGUGCUAGCGAAACCAACAACAACAACAACAACACCAACACCAACAACCACUGUGACAACAAUUGCAGCUGCAACAGAACAGCUGUCUGGCAACGCUGGCGCAGUAGUCAUGACAACAAUGACAACAACAGCAGCAGCAGCCAACAAGUCAAAACUGAACGAAACGGCGACAACGACAACAACCACAAUAGCAACGGCAGCGCCAAAAAUAAAUACCGGGCAGGCGGCCAAGUCACCUGAACAGCAACAGGCAACAACAAUGGCACCAGCACCAUCACCAUCACCAGCAACGAAAAUAAAUAAAACAACGCAUAAUAAGGAACAACAGCAAGCACAACAACCACCAGCAGCAGCAGCAUCGGUGGCAUCGGCAACAACCACAGCGAAGCAACAAACGGAAACUAAAUCGAAAUUGACGGAAACUGUUGAGCAAAAGUCAAAGGUGCCAUCGCCGAAAACGACGACAGCGGCAGUGGCAGCGGCAGCGGCAGCAGGCGAUAAAGCAAAGCUGAAAAAUGCCGGCAAAACGGCAACAUCAACAGCCACUGUUGUUGCCAAAAAGAAAGCCAACGCAACCGCACCAGCAGCCGCACCAGCAACAACAGUACAAGCAGAAGCAACAGGAACAACAGCAACAACAGCAACAACAACAACAACGACGACGACAACAGACAGCAAUGUGACCCCAAUCAAUGCCGAUCAAUUUAUAACGCUGGCCCCGGUAAAGGCGGCCACAAAUGCGUCAUCGCCGGCAACAAAUGCAACAGCUUCAGCAGCAACAUCCCCAGCAGUAGCAGCAGCCGUAGCAGCAACAUCCCCAACAGCAGCAGGGGCGACAACAAUAGAGCAAACAAAAACAACGACGCGGAAAAAUGGCAACAACGCAAAUUUCGAUAAACAGGAGAUGAGAGCGAGCGCCAUCACAACCAUCACCAACACCAACACCAACACCACCACAUGCCAACAACAACAAAAGAGACAAUCAAGUGGUGAUGGCAACGCCGCAGUUGCUGCUGUUGCUGUUGCUGCUGCCUCUGCCUCCGCUGCCGCUGCCGCUGCUGCUGCUACUGGCUCUGGCAUCGGCGUCGGCGAUGACCGAAGCAACAACAGCUGCGACGAAGGCGUCGGCAAUAAUUUAUCAAAGUUUGCAACAGUAUCGAAUUUGGCACAGUGUCUGCGAGACGUUGACGCCGAGCUAGAGGACUAUAUACCUUCGUCCGCGGAAAAUAGCGACGACAGCGACAACGACGACGACGACGACGACGACAGUUCAUACGAUUACUCCAGUGCGGACGGUUGUGCGAAUUUGAGUGCCAGCAUGAAGAAGAAGCAGCGCCGGGAGAAAAAGAAGCAGAAAGCUAAAGAGGCGGCACCCGCCCGUUUCGAUCCUCACAAGAAAAUCAAAAUCGAUACGACCAACAAAUGCUAUGUGAAGGAGGAGGCGCCACGCUAUCCGCUCGUUGCCACACCACGUCCGCUGUGGAAACGUGAGAAAAUUGUCUACUCGGAUGAGAAUACGGAUGAUAGCAGUGAUGAGGGGAGCGAGGCAACCGGUUCCAUUGACGAGGAUAGCGAUGAUGAGAGCGAGGAAUGCACGAGCACCACAUCCGAGGAAUAUGAGGAUGAGGCGGCAACAUCGGCCAACAACAAAACUGUGAGACGUGCCGAACAACAUGAGGAGGCAAGGGCGGGCAGCGGCACAGCCGUAUCUUCCGGUGGUCUGGGCACCAGUUCGGUCUCCGCCUCCAGCUCACCAUCGAUCAUACGCAUGAGCACAUGCAGCAAUGAUUCCGGUUUCGAGGGCGGCACUGCCCCAUCCAGUCCCAAAAAGAUGCUAGAAACAUCAUAUACAUAUUCACAAUUCCAAAAAUCCGGACGUUUCACAGCGCCAGCAACAGUAAUACCUAGAUUUAAGAAUUACUCGGUAGAUGAUUUUCAUUUUCUGGCCGUGCUGGGCAAAGGAAGUUUCGGCAAGGUGCUGCUGGCUGAGCUACGUGAUACAACCUAUUAUUAUGCCGUGAAGUGUCUGAAGAAGGAUGUGGUACUGGAGGACGAUGAUGUCGACUCAACACUAAUCGAACGCAAAGUGCUGGCCCUGGGCACCAAACAUCCAUAUCUCUGUCAUCUGUUCUGCACAUUUCAAACGGAGAGUCAUUUGUUCUUUGUCAUGGAGUAUCUGAAUGGUGGUGAUCUCAUGUUCCACAUACAGGAAAGCGGACGCUUUUCAGAGGAGCGGGCACGUUUCUAUGGCGCUGAAAUCAUAUCAGGUCUCAAAUUCUUACACAAAAAGGGCAUUAUAUAUAGGGAUCUCAAAUUGGACAACGUGCUGCUCGACUAUGAAGGUCAUGUGCGUAUUGCCGAUUUCGGCAUGUGUAAGUUACAAAUUUAUUUGGACAAGACCGCUGAUAGUUUUUGUGGCACACCCGAUUAUAUGGCACCCGAAAUCAUAAAGGGUGAAAAGUACAAUCAAAAUGUGGAUUGGUGGUCUUUCGGUGUGCUGCUCUACGAAAUGCUUAUCGGACAGUCCCCCUUCAGUGGCUGCGACGAAGACGAGCUCUUCUGGUCGAUAUGCAAUGAAAUUCCAUGGUUCCCAGUCUAUAUAACAGCCGAAGCCACAGGCAUAUUAAAAGGCCUACUGGAAAAGGAUUAUACAAAACGCAUUGGCUCGCAAUAUAGUCCAGCUGGUGAUAUAGCCGAUCAUUUAUUCUUCAGACCCAUUGAUUGGAACUUGCUGGAGAAACGACAAAUUGAGCCCCCGUUCAAGCCCCAAGUUAAACACCCGUUGGAUACGCAAUAUUUUGAUCGCGUCUUCACGAGAGAGCGCGUUCGUCUAACACCCAUUGACAAAGAAAUACUCGCCUCAAUGGAUCAAAAACAAUUUCAUGGGUUUACUUAUACAAAUCCGCAUAUCACAUUGGAUUAGCCUAGAUGUUCUUCUACAUACAUGUGCACAUACAUACUUAUGUAUGUACAUAUGUAUGUAUUUCAUAUAAUUAAUCUUAUUUUUAUGACAAUACGCAUAUAUAUACUAUAUAUAUGUAUAUAUUAAUUAGAGAAACAGUAUUU